GCCAACUUCUUUUGGCUUGGGCCAAGGUGCUUGGACCCACAAAGCAAGGAGUACCACGAGCUUUACAAAUAACACAGACACCGGGUGGAGCCACAACUUUCUGAGCUCAGAAACUCUGCACAGAUCUACGCAGCGUUUCCAUGAAGACCCCGCCAGGCUCGCACAAGCUGCAGAAGGCCAGCUGCGAGCGUGAGCUACGUGCUGCACGCCAGGUUCCAGGAACACGGCUGGGUCUCGCUGGCCCAGGGCUCUGGGACACUGCGGCCGCCUUCCAGCACGCUCUGGUCACAUCCAGCCCCGCGGUGAUCACGUUCCAGGGACAGGGGCUCGUGCCCCAGCUGCGCAGUGGUUGGCCGGGGCAUCCAGCCUCUGAUUCGUCCGAGGGACCGGCUCACGUGAUCGGGCUCUGAUAAGUUGCCUCCCCGCCUGCCUGUGGUCAGUCGGCGGCGGGCUGGACCGCGGCGCUGCAUCCGCUGCAUAGUGCUGGGUGCGAAGUUGCUCAGGUUGCAGUUGUCGCGGUCGCCACUGCCUCCCGACUCAAUGAGCUGCACCAGAAUGAUCCAUGUGCUGGACCCACGUCCUUUGACAAGUUCCGUCAUGCCAGUGGACGUGGCCGUGAGGAUUUGCUUGGCUCAUUCACCACCUUUGAAGAGUUUCCUGGGUCCUUACAACGGUUUCCAACGAAGAAAUUUGGUGAAUAAAUUGAAACCUUUGAAACCAUGCCUCAGUGUCAAGCAGGAAGUCAAAUCACAGAAUGAAUGGAAGAAACCACAUGAGCAGGCCAAGAAGCGGGUCGUGUUUGCAGACUCCAAGGGUCUGUCACUCACCGCUAUCCAUGUCUUUUCCGACCUUCCAGAAGAACCUGCGUGGGAUCUGCAGUUUGAUCUCUUGGACCUUAACGAUAUCUCCUCCAGCUUAAAACUUCACGAGGAGAAAAACUUGGUUUUCGAUUUCCCCCAGCCUUCAGCCGACUACUUAAGUUUCCGGGACCGCUUUCAGAAGAACUUUGUCUGCCUCGAGAACUGCUCUUUGCAAGAUCGGACCGUGACCGGGACAGUCAAAGUGAAGAACAUAAGCUUUGAGAAGAAGGUUCAGGUCCGGAUCACCUUUGACAGCUGGAAGACCUACACAGAUGUGGACUGUGUGUACAUGAAGAACGUUUAUGGCAGCUCAGACAGCGACACCUUCUCCUUUGCCAUUGACCUGCCCCGGGUCAUUCCGACUGAGGAGAAAAUUGAGUUCUGCAUUUCUUACCACGCUAAUGGGAGGGUCUUCUGGGACAACAAUGAGGCUCAGAAUUACAGAAUUGUCCACGUCCAAUGGAAACCCGACGGGGUGCAGACUCAGGUGGCGCCCAAAGACUGUGCAUUCCAACAGGUGCCCCCUAAGACUGAGAUAGAACCCACAGUCUUUGGCAGUCCGAGGCUUGCUAGUGGCCUCUUCCCAGAGUGGCAGAGCUGGGGGAGAGUGGAGAACUUGACCUCCUAUCGAUGAGUUAGGCAAUCUAUAGACUGGCCUUGUCUGAUCAUAAUCCUCAUGCAAUUCUAGGUCUGUAUUGCUCAAUCUUAGGAAGUCGUAGUCACUUUCUAUCUGUAGAUUUAGGUAUGAGCUGUUGGGGCCUGGCUACAGAAGCUAUAGCCACUUGAGAAUUCGUGUUGGGGUCUAUGAGGGUGGCACCACCAACUUUGUCCUGAAGGAUCAAGGACAGCCUGGGAACUAGUUUUAUACAAAUGACACCUUUUUAGGGGGUUGCAUUACUUCCCCCUCAGUUCACUAGCUUUCACUUUGAACGAGGGAAGGUUUGAGGACAGUUGAUGGUGAUAGAACGCUGUGGUAAGGGUGUGAGGAAUGUGAAAGGUACACGCUGAGGGCUCUGAGAUGCAAGUCAGAGGAGGAGCAUUGGUAAAGUGGAUAGUAAACCAUUCGUGGGAAAACAUUUACCUUGUGUUCCAGAAUGAUUUCUGUGAGCUUCUCCAGAGGAAAUAGCUCAAAGAUGGGAAAGAAAUCCAUUCUAUGUAUUCUUGCAUAGAAAAAUAAAAGGAUGUUGGAUGGUACUGGGGGAAGAUGAAUUGGAGUUCUGAAGAAUCGAGAUCUUGAGGGCUAGAGACGUAGCUCAGUUGGUAGUGUACUUGCCUAGCAUGCGUGAAGACCUGGGUCCCAGGUCUAGCACCAUACAGCUGCGGGUGGCAGCACCUGCCUCUAAUCCCAGGAUGUUAUAGUGAAGGUGGAGGCAGGAGGAUUAGAAAUCCUUGACACACAGGAAGUUAGAAGCUAGCUUGGGCUAGACGAGUCCCUGUCUCAAGGAACCGAUGAUAUCAAAAGACCUCAAGUGAAUAAACGCAGUCUACAGAAGCCAUGUUUUUGGAGAGUGUUGAAGCUAAUCUGGCUUCGCAUUCCUCGGAUAAGCGACUUUGUGAUGAAGGCAUCAUUCUUGGGUUCUCGCUACAGAAUGCCCCCUCACAUUGGGCCUGUUGUCCCUAGUGACUAGCAAAGAGAGCUCUUUCAGUGCCUCCAUUAAACCAGGACACUGUAGCUGUUUAAACCGGUUACCUGUAUGGCCGUCUAAUAACUCAUGAAUUUUUGGGGCCUUAUUUGAAGGUCUAUUCGCUGGUGUUCUCCUGAAAUCCCCAGGAGUACCAUCAGUGUACACAACCCACAUCCUUCAUAUUGAAGGUGACUCAUCUUUCUGCCACACUUAUUCGAUGUGAUGUUUGAAGUGGGGACUGACACCAGCGUCUCAGUGCAAGAAUCCAGGACUUUGCACAUGAAAGUAUUGGUCUAUCUCAUGCCUAUUUUUGUCUUGCUGUUUUAAUUUCUAGUCAAAAUGCUUUUUAAAAAAAAUAGAUAAGAAUUAUUUUGAAUGUGAACUGUUUUUGUGUGUGCAUAAAUCCACUUUGUGGGAUCUUGAGAACAGGUGUCCUGGGAUGACUGCCACCAUUAUCAAUGUGCAUGUCCUUUGAGGUGUGCUGGGAAAGUUCAGUGAAUUGUAAUGUAUGUGAUCUGCUGUGCUGGAAAAAACACUAUUGGGAUCCCUCUCCUGUGUUUGAGCUUUGGUUAGCAUCCAUAAGUUCUCUGCUGUAAAUAUCUACAUUGUCCCUAUGAGCCUCUCACUUUAAGAAUAAAUGUGCUUG